AUGAUAGAGAACAUUUUUUCUAUUCCUCAAGUGUCUUCUCACGACAUUCCACGUCAAACAACAGUCAAAGCAUGUGGAUCAGUUCGCCUAAUUACUUUGAAACGAGAUGCAUUCCGUCGUCUUCUCUCUCAACGACG